AUGCGAAUCUCAUCAGCAUAUAAGCUCAACAGUCACUUCAGCCUCUUGUCUAAGCGCGCAACAUCCGUCCCCGAGCAAUGCACCAACUACUGCCGCAACGCCCAAACAGAAUGUCUACAAAACCCACUCACCCCCGCCCUGUGCGGUACAGUGAGCAACUUCCUCGACCAGUACAACCUCUGCCAGUCCUGCAUCGAAGAUAACAGCAACAACCCGGAGCUAGUCAAAGCCAGUCUGGUGGUGAGGUUUAUCCGGUGUGUUGGGUAUUGCAAGUUACAAGGAAGCAAUACGCCUCAAACGGGAACCCCGGCUACAGGACAAGAUGGAAAUCCGCUUACGACAGCGAUUGCGUCAGCGAAGGUUUCGAGCACUUCCUCCAGCUCUGCUGCACAAGCGACGGUAUUGACGAGUGCGAGUGUGGAUAAGGGGCAGAAAACGAUGAUCACAUCCACACAACCUAAAACGACAAAGUCAACAUCACAACCACCAGCGAACGGCGGCUUAACAUCGGCUAUAACUUCAACUUCUACGCCGCCAUCUCGAUAUACAGGUACCCUACAAGUACCCCCUUCUUCCUCACCAUUAUCCGAAUUCGCAUCAACCUCCGCAUUCCCGACCGCUCUCGACACCACGCAAAUCCAAAUCCACGGCCAAGCCCAAGCGACAUCAGCAUCACUUACUUCGCCCACUUCCACAGUUGCCACUUCUACACCAAAUCCCAACUCAGGUGGAACUAAAACAACCGCUCCCUGGGUAUGGGCCAUAGCCAGCAUAACCAUCACCGUCGUCUUCCUGCUCUCGUGCGGCAGCUUUUUCGUGUUUUACAAAAGAGGAAGAUCGAAACGGGGAAGGGCAGGACAGAGGGGGAUGAAGGGCAUGGUGGAGUUGAAGGAUACGAUGGCUGUGGAUGCAGGGGGGUUUGUGGAUAGUAGAGGUACUAGGUCAAGGUCGAGGUCGAGGUCGAUGACAAAGGGGAGACAGGGUGCUCAAAGGACACAGGGUAUCACAGGAAGGGCGGAACUGGGAAUUAAAGAGGUGGCGGAGUUGGACACCUCUACGGUGCAUGUGAGGGAGGUGUAUGACGUUGGGGCGGGUCAAGGGGCAGGACGUGCUGGUGGAGGAGGAGGACAAGAAGGGAGAGGAAGGCCGGUCGGUAAGGUGGGAGAAACGUUACAUGUACUGCCUGUUGAAUUGUCCAGUGUCUCGGUUUGCGUGGAGUUGCCUACUUCUUUUAAUAUGGGAGAGGGGGAAGGGAAAGCAGCAAGUCGAGUCGAGAAGACGUAG